AUGGAUUUCAACCUGCUGGCAGACGCGGAGGCUCGCAGCCCAGCCUUGUCUCUCUCUGACUCUGGAACCCCUCAACACGAGCAUAACUGCAAAGGGCAGGACCACAGCGACACCGAGAAGUCCCAGCAAAACCAGACGGACGACUCCAACCCUGAAGACGGCUCACUCAAGAAGAAGCAGCGAAGACAGAGGACGCACUUCACCAGCCAGCAGCUCCAGGAGCUGGAAGCCACUUUCCAGAGAAACCGUUACCCAGACAUGAGCACCAGGGAGGAGAUUGCAGUCUGGACCAACCUGACAGAGGCACGAGUCCGGGUCUGGUUCAAAAACCGCAGAGCUAAGUGGAGGAAACGGGAGAGGAACCAACAGGCCGAGCUGUGCAAGAACAGCUUCGGAGCCCAGUUCAACGGACUGAUGCAGCCUUAUGACGACAUGUAUUCCAGCUAUUCCUACAACAACUGGGCCACCAAAGGGCUCGCCACCAGCCCGCUGUCAGCCAAGAGCUUCCCAUUCUUCAACUCCAUGAACGUCAGUCCCCUCUCCUCCCAGCCCAUGUUCUCCCCACCCAGCUCCAUCGCCUCGAUGACCAUGCCUUCAUCCAUGGUCCCUUCCGCGGUGACCGGAGUACCGGCCUCCAGCCUCAACAACCUGGGAAACAUCAACAACCUGAACAGCCCAAGCCUCAACUCUGCUGUCUCAUCCAGUGCCUGUCCUUAUGCCUCAACAGCCAGCCCCUACAUGUACAGGGACACAUGCAACUCCAGCCUGGCCAGCCUGCGGCUGAAGGCCAAGCAGCACGCCAACUUCACCUACCCGGCAGUGCAGACGGCAGCUUCCAAUCUGAGCCCUUGCCAAUACGCUGUGGACAGGCCCGUAUGA